AUGGCGAGAAGUUACCCCAGCCUCCACCCAACCCAACAACCCCAGCAUCCACCCAUCCACCCCACCAGCACCCCUGGUAUUGAUCCCUCCUUCCCUCACAUAACCCUUGGCCUCCACCCAGCCUUCCCCCAGCCAUCAUCACCACUCAACCCUACUGGAUCUCAACCCAGCCUACACCCAGCCAUCAUCACCACUCAACCCCCUGGAUCUCAACCCAGCCUACACCCAGCCAUCAUCACACACUCAACCCCCUGGAUCUCAACCAGCCUACACCCAGCCAUCAUCACCACUCAACCCCCUGGAUCUCAACCCAGCCUACACCCAGCCAUCAUCACCACUCAACCCCCUGGAUCUCACCCAGCCUACACCCAGAGCCCUCCCCAAGGUCUUCCCGACCCCAACCCUCCCCAACCUCUUCCCAACCCCAACCCUCCCCAAGGUCUUCCCAACCCCAACCCUCCCAAUCUCUUCCCGACCCCAGCCCUCCCCAAUCUCUUCCCAACCUCCCCAUCCCCAAGGUCUUCCCACCCCAACCCUCCCCAAUGUCUUCCCAACCCCAACCUCCCCAAG